GGCGGCCCCGGGGCGGGCGGGGGGCGGGCGGCCAUGGAGGCGGCCCCGGCGUCGGUGACGGCCGUGGUCCACGUGUCCUUCCCCGAGGUGACCAGCGCCCUCCUGGAGUCCCUCAACCAGCAGCGGCUGCAGGGGCAGCUGUGCGACGUGUCCAUCCGCGUCCAGGGCCGCGAGUUCCGGGCCCACCGGGCCGUCCUGGCCGCCUCGUCGCCCUACUUCCACGACCAGGUGCUGCUGAAGGGCAUGACGUCCAUCUCGCUGCCCAGCGUCAUGGACCCCGGGGCCUUCGAGACCGUCCUGGCCUCGGCCUACACGGGCCGGCUGAGCAUGGCCGCCGCCGACAUCGUCAACUUCCUGACGGUGGGCUCCGUCCUGCAGAUGUGGCACAUCGUCGACAAGUGCACCGAGCUGCUGCGGGGGGCCGGGCGGGGCCGGCGGCGGGGCCCGGGCCCCCCCGGCCCGGCGGGCGAGGGCGGGCGGGUGUUCCUCUGCCACUGCGGCAAGGCCUUCUCGCACAAGAGCAUGCGGGACCGCCACGUCAACAUGCACCUCGACCUGCGGCCCUUCGACUGCCCCGUCUGCGCCAAGAAGUUCAAGAUGAAGCACCACCUCACCGAGCACAUGAAGACGCACACGGGCCUCAAGCCCUACCAGUGCCCCGUCUGCGCCAAGAAGUUCAUGUGGCGCGACAGCUUCAUGCGCCACCGCGCCCACUGCGAGCGCCGCCACCGGCCCGGGGCCCCCCGCGACCCCCGCGACCCCGCAUACGCGCGUCUACGCCCGGGCGGCACAGAGAGACACGAACACACCCGGACCCCCUCCCCUCACGCGGACGCCCCGACGCACGCGCAACAGAGACGCAGACCCUCGGGCGUGCGCGCGCACACGGGCGCACGCCGUCACACGGGCGCGCGCGCCAGACACGGACCCCCGACGUGCACACGCACCCCCUGA